GGACCACAAUCAAGGCAAUCCCCUGAGUGGCACUGCUCCAAGCUCUCCAACAAACCGCCGUCGCGCCAGAUCCGUCAGCCAGCCAGUCUCUUCGUCUCCUGUCGCGGGAUCGAGCAGUAGGGCUACCGAUCCAUUCGACUUUAGCAUCUUCGGCGAUUUUGCCCACACAGCCAGUCCAUCGCCGGUCUUGCCCCCGAGUUACCACGAUCCUUCGUUAGCUAGCGCUUGGUUGGCCAGCACGCUCCAGCAGGGAUCCCUUCCAAUUAUACCACCACCAGCCGUCGCGUUCUCUCAAGCACCGCUCCCGAACAUGGCGACCCAGCAGAUACCGAACCCAGCCCAGGCCUUCCUGGCCGCGCUGCCUUGGUUGCAGUACAUGCAGAUGCAGACCCAAUACAACCAACUCCAGCAGCAGGCUCAUCAUGUCCCGUUCAUGCAGCCGCCAGUACCGCCGCAGCAACCGUCGCAGUUCAGCAGCGAAAUGCUCAGUCUCUUCACUCAGACACAGGCACAGCCGCAGUCGCCUUCAAGCGCGCAAGAGAGCAGCCAGCCAUCACCAGAAGCAUCAGACAACACGCCAAAGUCGCCGUCGCCAGAGGAACGAGAGAUGACAGAGGCAGAGCUCGCCGCCAUCGCGGAGGACAAGAGACGGAGGAAUACCGCGGCGUCAGCGCGUUUCAGGAUCAAAAAGAAGCAAUGGACGCUUAACUUGGAGCGCACAAUUACCGAUCUGUCCACCAGGGUGCAGGAGCUCGAGACGGAGGCAGCAGAGCUUCGGCGGGAGAACGGGUGGCUAAAAGAGAUUGUGAUGUUGAAGAGCAAACGAAUGCAGGGUUCUGUACCUGAUCUAGAGAACGCUGGCUCUUCCAGUGCGCAAUCGACUGGAGAUGCACAGAAUACACCUUCGACGGGGGAGGGAGGGAGCGCGGAGGCGCAGGAGGGCGGAUAUAGCGCAGAAGAGAAGGGAAAGGGCAAGCCGUCCUCAUGAUCAUCAUGCCGUUGCCGCAUUUAUAUACACGACAGCUUGUAUCAUACUCAAUUCCGAAUUACCCUCUCCCGAGUCGCCGACUCGCUCGCUAGAAACUGCGAAUUCGGAAUUCUCCUUAUAUGGAAGGUUUCUCACCGGC